AUGUCUGCUUUUAACAUAAAACCUUCUAGUGGAUGGAUACAUUCCGACAAAUUAAUUGCCAGACAAGGGGCCACCUAUGCAGUCCGGUAUGUGGGUUGCCUGGAGAUAAGGGUAUCCAUGAAAGCAUUGGAUUUCAAAACAAGGUCAAAUGUAGCCAAAGAAUGUAUAAACCGGGUCUGCGAAGCUGCAGGACUGAAAACUGUAGACAAAAAGCGAAAAGUUGACAGAAAAGUACAAAAGGCAAUUGCUGAUACACCAAAUAUGGCUUACGCUGGCACAAACGUUACACUGAAAGUUUCCAGCGUUAACCUAUCACUUACUUCACUGGAUAAUAGUCAAGUUAUAGCAAAUCAUGAGAUGCCAAAAAUUUCAUUUGCGUCUGGAGGCGAUACUGAAACUUUAGAUUUUGUUGGGUAUAUUGCUAAAGAUGUAAAUGAACUUCGAGCUUGCUAUGUGCUAGAGUGUGGGGGAGGUCUAGCUAAAGAUGUUAUUGCUACCAUUGGUCAAGCAUUUGAGUUGAGAUUUCAACAGUUUUCAAAACCCAAUGUAUUUGCUGCUACUGCAGGCUUAUCUUCGAUUCAAGCAGGUGGUGAUGCAGACAAGGACUAUUAUAAUGAUCUUCCAGGAAAAGUGCCUCCCGAUGUAGCUGGUCCCCCUCCUGUUCCGCCACUGCCUGCAUCAGUGCCACCAUUCACCACCUUGCCUCCCGUAACGCCAAAUCUCAUAGAUUUCAAUUGUGAUAUUGCUUUGGGUGGUCCCCAUCAUGACUAUGUCAACGACAGUGUGGUUGCCACUAGAGAAAGGGAUGUUUUUGAUAUGCAGCCUUUCAAUCAGCACUCGGGUUCAAUAAGGACUGAUGCAGAUUAUCUAGAACAGCUUCGGAAGGAAAUUUGGUUUCAUGGGCCCAUUAGUAGGGCGGAAGCUGAAAGACUGCUCCAACGUGAUGGGGAUUUCCUAGUUCGAGAGUCCACUAACACAGUGGGCCAAUAUGUUCUAUCUGGAAUGCAGGACAAUAAUAAGAAACAUCUUCUAUUGAUUGAUCCUGAAGGCGUAGUCAGGACUAAGGAUCGAAUGUUCAAUAGUGUAAGCCAUUUGAUCCAGUUCCAUUUCGACAAUGCCUUACCAAUAAUAUCAGCAGAGAGUGCGCUGGUUCUCAGGCACAAGGUUUCCAGAUCAUCAUAGAACGGUGAAUAUACAUUAUUUUUAAUUUUAAGUAGGGCUUGAAACUAUGUUUAUGGCAAUUUAGGCUAGGAUUACCCAACUUCUUAAUUUCUAAUGCUUUGCUCCUGACUUUCAAGUCAUAAGGAGUUAAGAUGUUCUAUUCCAAAUUCUUAUUUCUUAUACUUUUCAAUUCAAUUUUAAAGACGAACCUUAGUGCUAGGACCACUUUUAUGUGCAGGCGCAACCUUUGCACUGGUCUCCAACCAUUUUUUUCUUCUAAAUCUGAGUCUUUGUAAACCCCAUGUUUUAAAGACAAUAAGUUCAAAUAUGUUCUAGUCUGAAAUACCUGAUUGUUUAAUUAAUGAUGCGUAGUUAAAACUCUUUCAUGUCAAAUUCCCAAAUGGCAUGAAUACCAAUACUGAGAAAAAUAUUAAACAACAUAAUUGUAUAAGUAUAUCUAUUUUAAAUAAACUUGGUGAUGUUGGAACAAUCCUAAUGACGACUAGAUUACAGAUAAAACAUGAGUUUCUGGACCCAUGAAAUACGAGUCAUUCCUGAAACGUCUUCUCUUACCUGGGUAAUUUUAAAUUGCGCAAAUUUUUGUUUCGGGUAUUAAUCAACGUGAAGUCGCCGACUCAACUGUCCUUGUCAGUCCUUUACGCUAUUUGGACCUAAAGUUCAAUAUGGCUUGAACAGGGAGGUUGAGCCUCUGUCCUUUCGAUGAGUUGAAAUAAUGACGCAAGGCGAGAAGGACUUGCUAGGGCAUGUUAGUUCCAUAACUUGGUAUGCCAGUUCCUAAACAGGGACUGUUGUGUCCUUGCCUCACUGUUGGUAACUACCUGGAAACAAACUUGUUGCAAGAAUCGAGAAGUUGGGUAAUCCAGGUCCUAAUGGAAAAUAUGUAUAUGUGUUAAAGUUAAAGUCUGAACUUCUUAAAUCUCAACAAUAAUUUAUUGUGUUUUAAAAUUGGUUUUGGCGUAACUCAAUCUAUUUUAUCCAAGGAUAGAUAGGAAUAGUUUCUAUUUAUAGAGCUGCAACAAUAAACCGUAAAGAUAUCUAUGAUAUGAGUAAGUAUAAGUGAUUAAUACCAAUCAGCAAAAAUUGCUGCUCGAAUCGCCAGCCAUCAAACAGGUGACAUACUUAGAACUUUGCUAAGAGGCUACCUCAGAAAUAGAAAAAGAUACGUAGUUUCCUUUCUUUGCGCUUUCCAUCUUCAGAAAACGAUGUUCGUGUGUGACCACAAAACCGAUACAGUUAGAGGCGUGUCUGUAAACCGUAGCGUGAUCUAUGAUUUUUCGAGAGUCUUGGGUGAUAUAGAACAUAAUAAUUAUAAUAAUGCUUCAAAAGACAUUGGUUGAUGGUGAAAGUUUAAUUGAUAUUUAGAAAUGUUUGUUGAUCUCAAACUACCUUUAAUACUUUCAAGGUAGAACCAGUUACCAAUGCGAGGUUCCAUUUUGAUUUAUGAAAAUACAAGAAAAUACUUUCAAUCAAAUACUACUAAAGAAACUUAAUUAUUUUCACCUGUCUAUACCGUCACCCAUACAGGAGGGUUACAAAUUAUAAAAAAAUGCUUUUAUUUUAAUCUUGAACAAACCAAGGCUUUUUAUAUUGAUAUAAUUAGCUAAAUUAUCAAAUAGUCUUAAGCUACGUCCACACCGAAAGCAACAUAUAGGAACAUUGGGUUUAUGUUGCUUGUUCUUGGAACUUUUUCUGCAUGUUUCCAAAAGUUUAUUGUUUAAGGUUGCAGCAAGAAAAGUUUCUAUAAGUUGCUUGUUUCCAUAUUAAGCGACACAGAUCGAAGGAAAUAUAGAAACAUUGGUAAACAUUGCUUGUUUCUCAACCCUAUUUUAAUCAGGUUGUACACGUUAUUGCUAGUUCCCAAAACUCAAAACUCAGCUGUUGUGUGUGUAAAUCGUCGUCAUACCACGUUGUUUCGAAACUAUGAACACACACUGCUGGUGUAGACACACCGUUUACUGUUGCAGCAACACAACAAUACAUUCAUAAAAAUAAGUAACCAUUGUGUGGACGAGAUGGUUAGGGAAUUUGUGCUGUUGUUUCUGUUCCCAUUAACAGGUUGCGGCAACCAGCAACAUAAUAUUCCUCUGUGUUUCUUUGGUGUGGACAUAGUUUUAUACACAUGUAAAUCAGCCACAGAAAAGUUUAUGUUCGUGGUAUUUUGUUUAUUCCGUGCGCUGGCGAAGGUUUCUAUGCCAAGAUAUUUUAUUUUGUUGUAUAGGUUAUAUAUCGUCCCCCUUAUCACCUAUAAGUGUAUCUAACAAAAAUGCAUAAUUCAGAUACGCCUCUACGUGAUAAAGGGGACGAUAUAUUUCAGACUUAAAAUAGAGUUUUAAGUCACAAUCAAUUACAAUCACAAUUAUUAAAAUACUAUAUCACUUAAUGGGUAUAUCACAUAUGCAGAGCUGGGCAGCGCUUGAGUGCUUUGUGCUUGUAAAAGUGCUUGAAGCACUUUGAGGGCUUGAAAGCCCUGUGCUUCAAGCCCUUUUACAUAUUUCUAAUUGGGGCUUGCAAAGUCAAUUACUUCAGAAAAGUGCUUGGUAAUUUGUAAUUGAAAAAAAGUAAUUCAAGCCCUUUCAAUAAGCUUCAAUUACUUUUAGAGGGCUUGAAGCACUUUUGGAAGCUUAAAGCACUUCCAAAGGGCUUGAAGCACUUUAAAAAGGCUUGAACCACUUUGAAAGGACUUGAAGCACUCUAAAAGGGCUUGAAGCACUCUAAAAGGGCUUGAAGCACGUUGAAAGGGCUUGAAGCACUUUAAAAGGGCUUGAAGCACUCUAAAAGAAAUUUGAAUUGACCAUAAUUUAACCUAUUCCCCACCUAAAAGUUUUGAAUCGAUGAGUUUUGUUGCUUAAUUCUGAUAUCUAUUCCGUGUCGGAAUGCUUACCGCAUACCACCGAAUUUUCUGAUUGAUAUUUAUCUAGAAUCUAGAUUUUCGUUUAUCGAUAUUUCUAUUCUCAAUAGGUACAUAGGUUAUUCUACCUAUUCUCAAUAGGUACAUAGAUUAGAAAUAUCGAUAUUCGUCAAAUGGCAUCGAUAUUUUAAAUUCAUGUUUCGAUACUAGUAUCGAUAUGCUAAUUUUUUUGUGACGCCAUCUGUUAAUAUCAAAGAAAAUGACAAAUAAUACAAUUUUAGUAAUUUCCUGAAAUUAGCCUGAGUUGUUGUGAUGUGUAAGGAUAGGACACCAUGUCAAAAAAAAAAUUACCCACACUUACAAUUAUUUUGGUUACCAAUUCCAUUCACAAUUAUUGUAACUGUAAUUUGCAAAAAAAUACAAAAUAUAAAGAUUCUCUAGUCAAAUGAACUGAGUAAAUUGAAAGUAAGCUUUUGUAUUUUUAUUGCUCACUAGCGUUGUUAGGAGUACUAAGAUUUCAGGGCAUAUUCAAAGGGCUUGAAGCAAAUUUAAAAAGCUGCAUGCACAUUUAAAGAGCUUUAAGCAAAUUCAAAGAGCUUCAAGCACAUUUGAAGAGCUUCAAGCACAUUUAAAGAGCUUCAAGCACAUUUAAAGAGCUUCAAGCACAUUUAAUGAGCUUCAGAGCUCUUUUUGAGGCACCCCAAGCACUUUUGAUGUGCCUCAAGCACUUUAUAAAUUACUUUGGGGGCUUUGUGCUUGCCAAGCCAAAUUGAAAGCACUUUGAGAAAGGGCUUAGGGCUUAGUGCUUCAAGCCCUUUCACUGAGGGCUUUGCUCAGCUCUGCACAUAUGUAUAAAAUUUUUUAAAUAUUCUUUAUAAAAGGACAGUACUAAGUACCUAUGGACGGUUAAGACUAUUUAAAACUAGUUGAAAAUCCAAAUCUGUGACUUGAUAUUGCAAAAAUUGUUCUAUUGAAUAAAAGUACUCACUUAACAAGAAUUGCUUGAUUUUAUUUUUAAAUGAUGAACCGAAUCAAUUAAAUUGUAAACCUUUGCAAUCUAGCACAACUAUGGAGGAUAUUUCCUCCCCAGUUUUCUCCAAAUCGUGUUUGUUAUAUAUGGUAUGUCUAUUCUUUGUAUAGAUGGGAAUGUAUCAAUAUUUUCAUUUGGAUCACUGCUCAUUUUGAGGGAGAUUUCGUAAUAUGAGGAUCCGCUUCUUAUUUAUCUAUUCACGGACAUAGUCCAAUAAUAGGAUCAUUACAAUGAUACUGAAAUCUUAAGUAGGUACAUACUAAGUGAACAAUAUCCUAAAACUUAAAUAUAUACAAGUGUAUAAAAGAUAAUGUUGAGUCCAUUAACAAGAAAUCUACCAAGUGACCUGACACAAAAGCAAACUUAAAUAUAUACAAGUGUAUUAACGAUAAUGUUGAGUCCAUUGACGAGAAAUCCACUAACAGAUUCAUAUAAUAUACAUUUUUUUAUUUUAAUUUAUUUCAACUUGACAUUAAUCGUAUUUUUUGUUUCAAAUUUUUAUUUCGAAAAAUAAGAAAGUUAUGGCUUGUAACGCUGAUUGUGGGACACCCUGUAUACAAGUUUUUAUUCUAAGUUACCUUGGGGAUGGAAGUAAUCUUUGCUCGUGAAGUGUUUGGAACAAACACGCGUAUAUGUUUUGAUGGGCGUGUUUGAACCUAAAAGUUUUUCCCAAGCUUUCCUUAUAUCCAUUGUUUCUUCCACUCCAGCAUCAUUUAGAACUUUCACAUAAAUACUAGUGCUUUUCUGUGGGAAUUUAUGGAAAUGUCGCGAUUUAUCAGCUCUAUCACCUUUUCUUGAGCAGCACCCAGAAACAUAACAAAAGUUAUAAUUUUUACAUUGUUAUGAAAUUAAAAAAAAAAAAUCGGAACGUCCAAAGUGUCCUAGGGUCCAAGAAAAUGUCAAGAAUUGACUAUAAAUUCGGCAGUAAAAGUAGAUAAUAUUCUUAAGACCAUAUGGUAUACAAUAUAAUAUAGUACUAUGUUUACAAUGCAUACAAUACGAUCUACACCAUCCUCUUAAUACUUUCAUUAUGCCUGGAAAGUGAGCUGGCACAAAAGCAAUCAAGGGGCUCAUCAUCAUUAAAAACUGUGUACAAGUUUUUAUUCUAAGUCACCUUGGGGAUGGAAGUAAUCUCUGCUCUUGAAGUGUUUGGAACAAACACGCGUAUAUGUUUUGAUGGGCGUGUUUGAGCUCAAAACUUUUUCCCAAGCUUUCCUUAUAUCCAUUGUUUCUUCCACUCCAGCAUCAUUCGAAACUUUCACAAAAAUAGUACUGUUUUUUUUUGGAAAUUUAUGGAAAUGUAGCGAUUUAUCAGUUCUGUCACCUUUUCUUGACCAGCACCCAGAAACAUAACAAAAGUUAUAAUUUUUACAUUGUUAUGAAAUUUAAAAAAAAAAUCGGAACGUCCAAAGCGUCCUAGGGUCCAAGAAAAUGUCAAGAAUUGACUAUAAAUUCGGCCGUAAAAGUAGAUAAUAUUCUUAAGACCAUAUGGUAUACAAUAUAAUAUAGUACUAUGUUUACAAUACAUACAAUACGAUCUACACCAUCCUCUUACUACUUUCAUUAUGCCUGGAAAGUGAGCUGGCACAAAAGCAAUCAAGGGGCUCAUCAUCAUUAAAAACUGUGUACAAGUUUUUAUUCUAAGUCACCUUGGGGAUGGAAGUAAUCUCUGCUCUUGAAGUGUUUGGAACAAACACGCGUAUAUGUUUUGAUGGGCGUGUUUGAGCUCAAAACUUUUUCCCCAGCUUUCCUUAUAUCCAUUGUUUCUUCCACUCCAGCAUCAUUCGAAACUUUCACAAAAAUACUACUGUUUUUUUUUGGAAAUUUAUGGAAAUGUAGCCAUUUAUCAGUUCUGUCACCUUUUCUUGACCAGCACCCAGAAACAUAACAAAAGUUAUAAUUUUUACAUUGUUAUGAAAUUAAAAAAAAAUCGGAACGUCCAAAGCGUCCUAGGGUCCAAGAAAAUCUCAAGGAUUGACUAUAAAUUCGGCCGUAAAAGUAGAUAAUGUCCUUAAGCCCAUAUGGUAUACAAUAUAAUAUAGUACUAUGUUUACAAUACAUACAAUACCAUCUACACCAUCCUCUUACUAGUUUCAUUAUGCCUGGAAAGUGACCUGGCACAAAAGCAAUCAAGGCGCUCAUCAUUAUUAUAAACUGUGUACAAUUUUUUAUUCUAAGUUACCUUAGGGAUGGAAGUAAUCUUUGCUGAAGUGUUUGGAACAAACACGCGUAUAUGUUUUGAUGGGCGUGUUUGAACUUAAACCUUUUUCCCAAGCUUUCCUUAUUUUAAUUGUUUCUUCCACUCCAUCAUCAUUUAGAACUUCCACAUAAAUACUAGUGCUUUUCUGUGGGAAUUUAUGGAAAUGUAGCGAUUUAUCAGCUCUAUCACCUUUUCUUGACCAGCACCCAGAAACAUAACAAAAGUUAUAAUUUUUACAUUGUUAUGAUAUUAAAAAAAAAUCGGAACGUCCAAAGCGUCCUAGGGUCCAAGAAAAUCUCAAGGAUUGACUAUAAAUUCAGCCGUAAAAGUAGAUAAUAUUCUUAAGCCCAUAUGGUAUACUAUAUAAUAUAGUACUAUGUUUACAAUACAUACAAUACGAUCUACACCAUCCUCUAACUAGUUUCAAUAUGCCUGGAAAGUGAGCUGGCACAAAAGCAAUCAAGGCGCUCUUUCAAAUUUGGUCACAAAAAUCUACUAAGCACUGUGUAGACAUUUAUUCUUUUUCUGCUUGUAGUUGGUGAAAUCUUCUUGGUGAAGUCUUCUAAAGAUUUCCUCCGCAGUUUUCUCUCAAUCGCAUUAUGAAAGGAAAAUCUAUUCUUUCUAUAUAUGAGAAUGUAUCAAUAUUUUGAUUUGGAUCAUAGCUCAUUUUGACGGAAAUCUCCUGAUAUGAGGAUCCGCUUCUUAUUUAUUUAUUCACGGACAUAGUCCAAUAAUAGGAUCAUUACAAUGAUACUGAAAUCUUAAGUAGGUACAUACUAAGUAAACAAUAUCCUAAAACUUAAAUAUAUACAAGUGUAUUAACGAUAAUGUUGAGUCCAUUGACAAGAAAUCUACCUCCCACUAACGGAUUCACAUAAUAUACAUUUUUUUAUUUUAAUUUAUUUUAACUUGCCAUUAAUUGUAUUUUUUGUUUCAAAUUUUUAUUUCGAAAAAUAAGAAAGUUAUGGCUUGUAACGCUGAUUGUGGGACACCCUGUAUACAAGUUUUUAUUCGAAGUUACCUUGGGGAUGGAAGUAAUCUUUGGUCGUGAAGUGAUUGGAGCAAACACACUUAUAUUUUUUGAUGGGCGUGUUUGAACCUCAAGGAUUGACUAUAAUUCGGUCGUGAAAGUAGAUAAUAUCCUUAAGCCCACAUGGUAUACAAUAUAAUAUAGUACUAUGUUCACAAUACAUACAAUACGAUCUACACCAUCCUUUAACUAGUUUCUUUAUGCCUGGAAAGUGAGCUGGCACAGAAGCAAUCAAGGCGCUUUUUCGAAUUUGUUCACAAAAAUCUACUAAACACUGUGUAGACAUAUUUAUUCUUUUUCUGCUUGUAGUUGGUGAAAUCUUCUAAAGAUUUCUUCCCCAGCUUUCUCCCAAUCGCAUGAUGUACGGUAUAUUUAUUUGUCCAAUAGAACCGCAUCCAAAUCUUUCCAUAGAUGAAUAUUUAUCAAUAUUUUCAUUUGGAUCGAAGCUCAUUUUGAAAGAGAUUUGACGCCUGAAAAGUGACUGAGCCCAAAAAUCUCAAUUGAGGUUUUUCCAAAAACAAAUCUUAUUUCAUGUUAUUUUUAUUAUUAGAACAGUUUUAUUGAGAGUCACUUUAAGUUCUCUAUAAAAUCCUUGAAGGUUAAGAUAAUCAUCUGCUUCAGCCGUGUUUGGUUUUAUUUCAAUAUGAAGGGUUGGGCGGAUAAUAGUUGAUCUUGUCAUAAUCUUGAAACAAUACCAGUUCCAAUAGGCUAAUAUGUGGAGAAAAUUGUGGUCACACGCUUACCUGAAUUUCCCAAGGAAACUACACUUCUUUUUCUAUUUACUUUAAAUAAUAAUAAUUUAUUAACAAAAGGAUAUACCUAGAUGUAUUUCUUUACAUUUUCUUUAUAAUUGUAUUAACUUAUUAACUAAUUGUUGUAAAGAUGCCUAGAUGUACCGAGACAUCUGUAUGCAUUAUCAAAAUCAUACUUCAUGAUUCAUAAUUCCAAAUAUCAAUAGUUCAGAAUGUAACAUCAGACGUUAAAUCAGAUUAGCGAUUGGGUAGGUACUACUAUUUUUGCUGAUAAUAUACAAAUACAGGAUGUUUUUUAAAGAUUUCAAAUGGUUUUUAUAUAUAUAAAACAAAAUUUAUUGAUUAAUUUCAAUUUCUCCAUCUCCAGAAAAAUUAUUUUGAGUUCAUUUGUGAAUUUAUAUGACACUUUGAAAGUGAUAUACAAUAUACAGGUACAAUAUUUGAUUAUUCGAUAAAACAGUUGUAAACGUACCUAGCAAUUUUAUUCUCAAUUAUUUAUUUUUAUAACAAAUGGUGUAUGUUUGAGGUGGAUUUAUAAUAUUAUCAAAAUCAAGAAACUUCUGGUAUUAAUUUCAAUUGAGGUGUAAGUCCCAAAAAAUGCAAGGUAAUAUUUAUUUUUAUGUUAUACGGAUACGCUAAAACUCUAACUUGUAUCUUUGGACUCGAAGAGUAGAUUUCCAGACUUUAAUUGUAACAUGUAUGAUUAUACUAGCAAAGUAUAUACAAAUGUUUGCUAUAUUGUUGCUUUUUAUUUUAAAAAAAUAACUCCUGAUGUGAUCUGCAUGAAUUUAUUGUUACAGAGAUAGUAUUUACAUUGGUUUAGUAUAAUUUUUAUAAAUAUAUUUUAAUAAUAAACAUAAACAAAAAGGCAGGCAAAAAAAAUUCACAGCCUUAUGUGAUAUUUUGGAUAGAAAUGCUUUGCAUUCAAUAGGAACAUUUUUAAUAAGGUUUCGAAUCAAAUCGAUUGAUAUCAAUUUUUUUUCUGAAACGAUCUUAUGCCUUACGAAAAGACAUGAUAGUAUUAAUAAUGAUAGUGUUUGUUAUUUUUUAUGAUUAUUAGACCAAAAAAUUGCCAUGUUUUUGUGAUUAUUUAUUGUAUUUAUGUAAAAUAUAAUGAUUUUUUUAGAUUUUUGUAUAGUUGUGCAAUAAAAUGGUUUUUAGGUUCAAA